AUGGAGUUGAAGAGAGGAAAGACUUUCAUCAAAUCGAGCUUGCAGAUUUCCCAGGAGAAGCCCCCAGACUCAGAGACCAUCGCCUCUGCCAGGGAGGACGCAGGCUCCCGCUCAGUCUUAUCGGGAGGGCAGCAGUGGUCCCAUGGUGAGAGGCCCCCCCACAUCAGUCCCAGCACCCAAGGAUAUGACAGAUGCCCCAACAAGGGGGUACAGCCAGACCCCGAGGCUGGGACCGCCUUCAAGCUGGUGCGGAAGAGCAAGACUCAUGACAACGUGUCCGGGGCCGGCAAGGUGGCCACGGCUGUCGGGCAGUUGGUGGGCAGCGCCAGCUUCCCAGGGCCCUCCGGCAGCCAGCGCAUGAUUGACUACCGCCACUUUGUGCCCCAGAUGCCCUUUGUGCCAGCCGUGGCCAAGAGCAUCCCAAGGAAGAGGAUUUCCCUGAAACGACCUAAGAAGUGCUUUCGGAAUCUGUUCCACCUUCGCAGAAGUAAGACUGAGAACCUGGCCUCUCUGGCCACAACGGGGAAGAGUCUGCCUUCCCCGAGGGGGCCAGCAGAGGCGGGAGGGCAGCAGGGAACAAGCUUCUUCCCCUUGGGUGAGGGACUGGGGCAGGAUGUCCAGUUCCAGGACCUGUCUGACAGCGAGAUCCUGCCCGACUCCCCUUUCGACCUCUGUAGAGUUCUGUGUGAGGACGUGGCCUCCCUGAAGAGCUUUGAUUCACUCACAGGCUGUGGGGAGAUCUUUGCCGAUGAGAGCUCGGUGCCGUCCCUGGAGCUGAAUGAGGGCCCGGAGAGCCCAGCCGGCACCUCCCAGGCCCCGGAGAACAAGGUCCUCAGGGGCCCCUUCCAGGGCAGCGCGGAGCAGCUGGCCUCGCCGGCGCACAACGAGAUGUCUGACUUUGCCAAGUUCUGGGAGAGUGUGAAUCACUCCGUGAAGCAGCAGCAGCGUGCCCUGCUGGGCCCGUGGCUGGGGGGUCCUCAGGGGAUAGACACAGGCCCACCCAGGCUGGAUGCGGCUGGGCUGGCUGAGCUCCCCCUCUGCUCCUGCAGAGACCCCCACAACAGCUCCAAAGCUAGCUCCAUUGACACGGGCACCCCCAAGAGUGAGCAGCCAGAAUCUGUGUCCACCAGUGACGAGGGGUAUUACGACUCCUUCUCCCCGGGCCUCGAGGAAGACAAGAAGGAGGCCACCAGUCCAGGCACAGCUGCAGCUGCCUUCCCCCGGGACAGCUACAGUGGGGACGCCCUCUAUGACCUCUUCUAUGAUCCCAGCCAGGGCCCUGCCGAGCCAAGCCUGGACGACGACUUGUGUGUGUCUGAGAGCCUAUCAGGGCCGGCCCUGGGGGCCCAGCUCUCCAUGUGCAGCUUCCACGUGGGGGCAGAGGAGAACUUGGCCCCAGCUCCAGGCCCAGACCUGCUUAGCCAGGGCUUCUUGCAGAGCUCCUGGAAGGGCAAGGAGUGCCUGCUGAAACUCUGUGACACGGAGCUUGCCAUCACCAUGGGCAUCAUCAACUGGCUCCGCCGAGGCCCUGAGCUCCGCACCUCGCCUGCUUCCACCCCCAUGGAGCCUGCGGGCCCACCCAAGGGGCCAGUAGAGAAGCUGGGAGCUGGUUCUGGAAAGCUGGGCCCAGGUCCAGUGAAGCCAGAAAGCAGGGGCUCCCAGGCCUCCGAUGCAGGUAGGAUCACCUCGGGCACAGCAGCCAGCAGGAAGGAGCUGUGGGGACACUCAGUUGCUGGAGAGAGCAAGGUCCUAGUGGGGGCCAAGCCGGGGACCAACCCCCCACCCAGGGACCCCUCACUGGCGUGUAUGCAUGCAUCUAGGGAAGAAGGGGCACAAGGCCACCCUAAAGGCUCAUUCUCUGUGGGGUCUGCAGUUUCUGAAACAACAGAUACUUCUGGCAAAAAGGAGGCCCCAAACCCCUCUCCCUGGCCCAGCUCCCAAGAGCUCUGGUCACCUGGGAACCUAGGAUAUUUCCAAGGUCCCUGGAGGCCAGGUCUUGGGGGAAGCACCCUGGAUGCAGAACCCACUCUGACAAGCUGUGUGGCCCAGAUGGCAGCCCUGCAGUUUCACACAGAUGGCCAGCACCCCGCUGCACAGCCCCCCAGGCAGGACACAGGCAGUGGGCUCUGUGGACAGCGUCAGGCCAGGGACAUGGACUUUCUGCAGCAGAAACAACUUAACAGCUCCCCAGGCGUGGCUGCAGUCUGUGGCCUGUCCUCCCCGGCCAGUCCAUUCCACACCCCGCAAGACCAGAAGUGCCCAAGCUGUGUCUUGAACCUGAGCCAGCUCAGGAUGGAGCCCACCAGGCUAGACAUCCAGGCCCAGGCUGCUGCGGGGGACCAGCCCCUGUGGCUCAGCGCGAGGGUCUUGGGGCAGGCAGCCCGCAGGGCACAGCUGGACUCCUAGCUCCCCUCGGCCCCUGCUUCCCACUGGGCCCGGAGUCCCCUGCCAGGUAUCCUGGGUCUCACUUUCAAUAGCCAACAGGAGGGGCCCCUCUGA